GGAGAAAGAUCUCGAUGAGGUUCUGCAGACACACACGGUGUUUGUCAAUGUCUCCAAAGGCCAGGUGGCAAAGAAGGAAGAUCUUGUUCAAGCAUUUGGGACGGAUGACCAGACAGAAAUCUGUAAGAUGAUUUUAUCGAAAGGGGAGCUACAGGUAUCAGACAAAGAACGACACACACAGCUGGAGCAGAUGUUUCGAGACAUUGCAACGAUUGUGGCUGACAAAUGUGUGAAUCCUGAAACAAAGAGACCAUACACAGUCAUCCUUAUCGAACGAGCCAUGAAGGAUAUUCACUACUCCGUCAAACCGCACAAGAGCACGAAACAGCAGGCACUGGAAGUGAUCAGACAGUUGAAGGAGACCAUGCAAAUUGAACGCGCUCACAUGAGGCUGCGAUUUAUUCUUCCAGCAAAGGAGGGGAAGAAACUGAAAGAGAAGCUCAAGCCACUGAUUAAAGUUAUUGAGAACGAAGACUUUCACGAACAGUUGGAAAUUGUGUGCCUUAUUGACCCAGGCUGCUUCAGAGAGAUCGACGAGCUGAUCCGGAGCGAGACAAAAGGGAAAGGAACGCUGGAAGUGCUCAGUCUGAAAGAUGUGGAGGAAGGAGAUGAAAAGCUUGAAUAACGAAAACCCUUCCUGUUCUGUUUUAACAGCAUCUACAAAAUGACUGGCAACAACCGCUCU